AUGUCCAACAAAGCAGCAGUAGUUGAGCAGAUCGGCUCUCCUGUAGUCAUCAAGACUGUGGAAAAGUAUGCUCCCGGCCCGGAUGAAAUUCUUGUCAAGAACGGAGUGAUCAGCUUCAAUCCCCUUGAGGUCAAGAUGCAGAAAUUUGGCGCCAUCCCUUAUAGCGUUCCAGCUAUCCUCGGUUUCUCUUCCGCCGGCACAGUCGAAGCCGUCGGCACCAACGUUAGCUACGUGAAGCCAGGCGACCGUGUGGCGGUUCUGGCGCCAUUCGAUCUCACGGACCUCCGGACUGGACACUUUCAGGAGUACUACAUCGCCUUUCCACGAUACACGUCCAAGAUACCCGACAGCGUCUCGCUCGAAGACGCCUCCUCGGUCCCCUCCAACCUCGUCACCGUCGUUGCCGUGUUCGAUGCCAUGCUGGGCCCCGAGAGACCCAGCCCCGACGGGAAGCGAGCCGCGCCAAAGGGCAAAAAGCUGCUCGUUUACGGCGGCAGUUCGAGCGUCGGUGGCUACGCAAUCAAGUACGCCUCGGACCUGGGCUACGAAGUCAUCACUACCUCUUCACCUCAGAACCAGGAAUUCGUCACUUCGUUGGGCGCAAGCAGCGUCGUAGACCACAGGCAGCCCGCCGAGAAGAUUGUCGCGGAUCUCAAGGCGCUCGGCCCCUUUGACGCUGUGUUUGACGCCAUCGGCACCCCCGAGCCGACCGCAAUCAUCGGUCAAGUCCUUGCUGAGACGGGCGGUGGCACCAUCUUCACUACGCUACCGCAGCUUGGAGACACGGCUGCGUAUGCAAAGCCGGACAGUGUGAACCGUGUGUAUGACUCGUGGCCGCAGGUACUGGACAGGGAGGAGCAGAAGGCCCUUUUGGAAUGGACGUAUCACGUGUACAUCCCAGAGGGAUUACGGAGCGGCGCCAUCAUACCCACUCGAAACUUCGAGGUACCGGGAGGCAUCGACGGUAUUCAGGAGAUUCUGGACAAGUCUCUCGUGGGGGGCGUGAGUGGAAAGAGACUGAUUACACAUGUGUAA